GAGAGAGAGAGAGAGAGAUAGAUAGAGGGAGUGAGUGAGAGCGAGACGGGAGAGGACUGUCGGAUCGGUACGAAAGUCGAGAGACGUACUUUACCGGGUACGUCGUUCGGCUCGAUGUGCACGAUAAUAAUCGGUCGCGGGAGGACGAGAUAGCGUCGGGUCGCUCGGUCGAUCGAUAGUACGGUUAGGAAAAAUAGCGCGAGAGAGGAAGAGAGAGAGGACUACUCCGUCGGCAGAAACGAGGAAACGAAGCCAGAACUACCAUGGAGGACGACCAGCAGUUCUGUCUCAGGUGGAACAACCACCAAAGUACGCUCAUACAAAACUUCGACACACUCCUUGAAAGCGGGACGCUGGUCGACUGCACCCUGGCGGCGGAGGGGAAGACUCUCAAGGCCCACAAAGUAGUCCUCUCCGCGUGCAGUCCAUACUUUGAGUGCCUCCUCAGCGAACACUAUGACAAGCAUCCAGUGUUCAUACUCAAAGAUGUUAAAUUCAAAGAACUUAAGGCAAUGAUGGAUUAUAUGUACAGAGGGGAAGUAAAUAUUUCCCAAGACCAACUGGCAGCACUCCUCAAAGCCGCCGAGUCUCUGCAAAUUAAGGGCCUUUCGGAAAGUAAAACUGCUGGCAGUAGUAAGACGGAGUCCAGGCCACAGAAAACCGUCUCACAACCAACAGCACCGUCGUUAGACAUUCCACACGCGUCUUCCGGUCUGACGAUAGAAAAGAACAAAGUUCCUAGGCAGAGUUUGGCGCAAAGUUCCGUGGGGGAUAUACCAGAGGAUACGGCUAGUCCUCAGGUGUCGAAAGGGUUGUCCUCGAGGGAAGGUUCACAAAGUCCAACGUCAAGAAAAAGAAAAAGGUUUCGAAGAAGAAGUUUAACCGAAGAUAGUACGAUAGAAAAUCAGGACGCAUCGAAUUCCAGCGACAUGCCUCAGCAAAUGGGUGUACCGGCGCUUGGUAUCGCGCCAGUGGCAGACGAAAAAGUACACGCAGACCCAACAGACUCUCUCGGCAGGUCAGCUUUAAUGACGCAAUUGACGAAACCUGCUGAUGAGAUGUUACAGCUGCCACUCGAAAAACCCGAGCCAAAUGAUAAUCUCAUCGAGCCAAAGUCUGAAUACCUAGAUGACGCUGAGGAGGGUGUCGAAGACCUAACGCUGGAUGAAGAUAUGAAUGAUCUUAAUGACAUAGAGCAGGACAACAAUCGAGCUGGACCGUCCCAUGACCCCGCCCAACACCCCGCAGGUAUGGGCUCAUGGCAUGUUACCGGUGACCGAAGUAAUGCGGGGGGUGUUGUGGGCUCCGUGGCAGCUCCUGGAACGGGAGAUGAGGUUUUCCUCGCAGCUCAGGAGGCUGCACAGGCUCAUCGCGACUCACAAGGUAGAACGAAGCGGAGGUCGCGGAACGCGCUUCCUCAUAAACGGUAUAAUUGCCACAAGUGCGGCAUUAAAUCUUACGUUAACAAGAGCACCUUAAACCGUCAUCUACGAGAAGAAUGCAACAUGGAGCCACAAAACUCGUGUCCUUACUGUAACAAGAGGAUCCAUCAACGAUGCAAUUUUCAGCGACACAUAAAGAAGGUUCACCAUAAGCAAACACCUUUGGAGAUAUUACUAGACGCCAAUAUACCCGUUCUAUGUGAAAGCAUCAAUGUUUCAACUGCAGGAUCGAAUACUCUUAGCAUUGAUAGUGCAAUUUGGAAAAAACUUCAGGAAAUGUUCGAGAAAGAAACUACAAAAAUUAAUAUUAAAUUAGAUUCACUAUCAGUCAAAGUAGGAAGUCUUGUGGAAGACAUGAAGGUAGUAAAGAAUAAAAUACAGUUGAAUCAAGUACUAAUAAAAAGUACUAACAAAAAGUCUAAUAAAAAUGCAGACUUGGACAAUAUAUUUUUAAAAAAGUAUAAUAUUAAGCUUCCAUUUAAUAACAAAGAAGACUUUAAAAACUUCAAUGAUCGUCUCAACGAUGAUACUGAUUUUCGAUUGAAUUUUUGCGAGCAUCUCCGCCGUUAUGUGGAUUAUUCCACCACUUUAUCUAAAAAUAUAACAUCUAUGAUUAAAAUGGUUAUAACACGCAAUGUCGCUAUAGAGUAUACAGCAUCUAAAGUAACGCCUGGAAAAGCCCUCAUGAAGGAUGAACAUUUAUAUGCAUGUAUAGAAGACAUACUUCUUCAAAAUGAAUUCCAAGGUGAAAUUGUAACGACAAAACUUCUUUUGAAGGCCUUAAGUACUUCGCUUAGCAAUGCGAAGGACUGGGACGGACACAGAAAAGAUCGGGAUGGGCAGAGGAAGGAUCGGGAUGGGCAAAGGAAGGAUCAAUAAUUUAUUUCUUAUAUA